GGCUGAGGAGAAGGCUAGAGACAUGGACGCGCACAUCUCCUGAAUUCAUCUAACAGUCUGAACCUCGAUGUUUCCGCUGCUGCUGAUGCUGCUGGACUUUCUAAUGAUUCGGAGACAAUUUAAAAACGCGAGGCUUCAAGGAUGUUCUUCUCAGAUGGGACUCUCUCAGCCGUCAGUUUUACGCUCCUCUUGGGAAUAACGUGUCUGACCGUCCUCUGCGAUCUCACCGUGGGCUCUCCAGACCUUUCAGGCUAUCUGUCCAAAGUGUUGAGGAACUACACAGCAAAGGCUUGUGACGGAGACUUCCUGACUGUGCGCUGCCCUUCGCGUGCCACCAUCACCAUCCAGUCAGCUUUCUAUGGAAGAAGAGGUGCUUCUGAUCCCCAGCAGUGCCCUCAGACCUACCAGGCCCUCCUAAGCUCUUAUAAAGCUCGGGAGGAUGAUCGAUAUUGCUCUGUGUCCACUGCACUACAGAAAAUGCAGGAUGAGUGCCAAGACAGAAGGAGCUGUCAAGUCCUUGUCAACAGCCGCGUGUUUGGGACGGACCAAUGUCCUGGGAGCAGUAAAUACCUAAUUGUCUGGUACAAAUGCAGACCGAAUGAGUAUAAGAGUAAGGUGGUCUGUGAGGAAGAUAAGAUGAGGCUAAGCUGCAAACAGGGAAUGCAGAUCGCCGUCUACUCCGCCAUGUUCGGCCGAACUCUGCAGGGCACCCUCGAGUGUCCCCUUCUCCACAGGAGGUCUCCAUCAGUAGAGUGCCAGUCGCCCAUGGCUCUGCAGGUUUUGACCAACCGCUGCCAGGGAAAGAAAACCUGUCUCAUCCGAGCUUCCACGAGAGAGUUUGGAGAUCCGUGUUACGCUGGCACCAGGAAGUACCUCAGCGUCAUCUACACCUGUGUCCCAAAGAAGUUGCUCCACGAGCAGGGCCCCAGACCACCAGCCUACCACCCAGCACCCAGCGCCCAUGACCCUAACAUAGUGGGAGACAGCCCUCCUGAAGGGAGCUCAGUCAAAAGCCCUGACACUGUUCCAGAAAGGAAGAAACCCAGGGAGACGAACGCCGACGAGGAAAAGUCUUUUGAAAACGGAAAAGGAGGAGAAGAAAGAGAAGAAAGUCCAUUGCAUCCCCCGGACAUGAAUCCCAUCAUCAACUCAACAUCGAGUGGCAACAUGGCCCUCAUUAGUAACGCAUUGGCAGCCUACACUUACAUAUCAGACCACCCAGAGAGGGCUGCACUAUUCUUUGUCUGUGGUGUGUGUUUGGGCCUCUUCCUCACCCUCUUCGCCCUGGUAGUACAGAUCUCCUGUCGUACCGACUGCCAGCCCCGCCAGCGGCCUCCCGCCAAGAAACGACCGCGUCCUCCCGACUCAUCCUCCGAUUCCAGCGACUCGGACUCAGACUGGGACACCACCUCAGAUCUGUCGGCGCGGAGACACCGGCGCUUUGAGCGUACGCUCAACAUGAACGUGUUCACGUCGGCGGAGGAGCUGGAAAGAGCACAGAGGCUUGAGGAAAGGGAGCGAAUCAUCCGGGAGAUCUGGAUGAACGGACAGCCGGACAUCCCAGGGACACGGAGCCUCAAUCGGUAUUACUGAGGACUGCAGAGGGACGAUUGAUAGGCGGCUUACUUGACUCAAACAAAAAUUUAGAACACACUUGGGUUGGAGUGGAAAGGGACAAGGCCUCGAUGAAGCUUUAUAAGCAUGAAUGCAAAAGCAGCUGGACUCUUACUGAUGAGAAAAGUGGAAGGUAUUGCAGACUUUUAAAGAAAGUCCUCCUUCUCUGCUGAUUUGCAUAUUCCUCUGGGUAUCAUAAGCUAUUCCCCUUUUGAGUAAAACAAUAAGCUCCCUUUCUGUAUGGUAAGCUUACCUCUUGGCUGGAGGAAGCAAGAGGUGAAAGGCUGCACUGCCUUGCCCAUGACCUCCGCAGGCCUUUUUGAAGUGGGGAUUUAUGGGUUAGCUGCCUUAGACAUACAUAGGCCUGCAGAGACUACAUGGUGACUGAAGGACCAAGGCCUCAGACAGGUCUGUUUAUACAGAACCCCAGGCAGCUGGAAGAGACUGUGACACUUACAGCUUUAUGCUCUGUACCCUCCAGUAUUCAAGUGUGAACUUUAGCAGAGGGGUAGCAUAAAGCAAGUGCACUUGACAAUGUAAGAUAAUCUUUCCACAGUGAAUAACCAUGCUGCCUUUUGAGCUUUAUAAAACCAAAAGAUAUUUUUGUGGGAAUUCAUCUCAGCCCUUCUGAAAUAUAUUUUAAAAUAUUUAAUAGUUUAUUAAUGUUGCGUAUUUUUGUUGUCAAGUAUGGUUUAUUAUGAGAUAUUUUUAUACUUGGCGAAGGUUGUCUGGUCUAGCACCUCAGGGAUGCAAUCCUAGUGUUUCUGUGUUUGGUUGAUGUUUUUUUUUUGGCUAUUAAGAAGGGGAUCGGCCCAUUUAAACCGCUUUGCCAGCAUUUAAAGAGAAGAACUAGGAAAAUCAUAUAAAGAGCCUCAAAGAGGUUUUAGUGAUUUUUAAAUCUUAUUUUUGAUACAGUAUGUUUAACUCACAGUGCAGUGCCUUUUCCAACUGUUACAUCUCUUUGUCAGAAAUGAAGCUGAUGAGUGUCUCUGUAACUGGUCAAAUUAUUUAUUGAUUGGAAAUCAUAAAUUCAUCUCGUUCCCUUCCCUUUGCUGAGGUGGACCAUGUGUAAAAGCUGAAUGUGUCUGUUAAACAUUGCACUUCUCCCCAGAUGUAAAUGUGCAUUACCAGUAAAUGCCAAUUUCUCUCAGUGACUUUGCUACAAAAUAUUUUUAUGGUCUUGUCUCAUGACAAAUGUGUGAAUUUCAGGUCUUGCGCCAUCCAUGUAUUCAUUUCAAAGAUGCUAAACAGAUGCCUGUGGAAACCAGCGCUGCAGAAAGUGGCGAAACAUGUCGCCAGUUUAAUCUUAUAACCAGUUGUCAGUCCAGUUCUGCUCGUGCUUCCCUGACUUCAAGCAUAGAGUUAGUUUUCAUAAAUCAGUUUGGUAUUUUUGUGAGCAUAAUUAAAGAGUAAACAGGACAUAUUAAGGUCAUCUUCACAACACUCCCUCCACCAUACAUACACCCUGCACUUCUCCUAGUUUUUUUUUUUUUUUUUUUUUUUCUAACAAGGAUAUUUGUUGUGUUUAAUUUUGAAUGGGAUUAAAAUGUGCCAAUAACUGGUGAUGUGAGAGACCAAAAUAUGACUCCUGUGCUUGGA